AUGACUUUAACUGGAGAAUCCACCACAUGGCCAAUCACUAACACUAUUAAACCAGUAAGAUAUUUAAUGGUUGGUUUCAAGAACUUACCAGAUUCUCAAACGAAUAACAAUAAUGUCUUCAGAGUGGCAAUGAACCAAACUCAAGAUCCUUUAAUCCAUAAAGUUCAAGUAAGAUUAAACAAUGAUAAUUAUCCUAACCAACCUUUAACAAUUAAUCCAUCCACAAAGGAUUAUAAUGAAUUGUAUAGAAACUAUAAAAAUAUGUGUGAAUUAUUCGGAAAUCCACCUCAGUUUGAAUAUGUAGAUUUUGCACUUAAUCAUCCAAUCUUCUGUUUUGAUCUAUCGGCUCACCAAGAAGAUCUUUUCAAAACAGGAGUGAACAUAAAUAUUCAUAUUAACAAAACACAAGGAGAUGUGACCGGUUAUUGUUUAUUAUUGGAAGAAGCAAAACAUUUAAUUAAAAUAGCAGAUAGAAGAAUGAUAAGAAUUGAAGAUGAUUUAGAGUUAGAAAGAAUUGACUCGAACGAAAAGGAAGGUGGAUUUUUACCUCUCCUACCUUUAAUAUUUGCUGGUAUUACCGCUGCUGGUGUAGCAACUGGUGGGAUAUCUGCCGCAGUAAGUUCUGCCAGAAAAAAUAAAAUUGCUGCAAUAAAAGCUGCCAACGAAAAGAAAGCAGCUGAUGUUAAAGCCGCUGAAGAACGCAGACAUAAUUUAAUAAUGGAAAAGGAAGCACGAGGUUCAGGAGUGGGAGAUAUGAUAGGCACAAUAAAAGAAUUUGGAAAAAGACACAGGAGAAGUCAAAGUCAAAGAUAA